CACCCCGAUUGUGCAACCAAGCUUUCACAAGACGCCAAUCAACCAAAAUGUCGUCUACUAAGGAAGUCAAGAUUAAGAAGGAAAAGUUGGGCAAGAAGAGCAAGUCCGCUGACAAAAUUGAUGUUCCUGCCCCUGUCGAAACCAGUGAAGAUGUUGUACCGGAAGAUGCACCCGAAGAGGUGAAGCCAAAGAAGGAUAAGAAGGAGAAGAAAGAAAAGAAGGAAAAGGAAGAUAAAUCCGAAAAGUCCAGCAAGAAGCGCAGGUCCACCACCGAAGAAGAACCAAUCGCAGACUCCACCCCCAAAAAGUCCAAACGCACCCGCUCAACUGAAGACGAUGCUGCUCCAACAAAAAGCGCCAGCCCACAGCCUGCAGCUAUGGAAGUCGACAACGAUGAAACCGAGCCCCCCUCCAAGAAACGCAAAUCUACCACCACCGUCGACGGCGAAGAACUCGAAAUCGACGUAACCAAGCCCCAACCCCCCUCCAAAAAAGACCUCCGUCGCCUCAAGAAAGGCAAGUCCCUCUCCAAAGCCAAAACCGUCUCCGACGUCAAACCAGCCCCCGCGCCCAAAGCCGACGGCGAGGAAGGUGCUGAAGGUUCUGGAGCCGAAGAUGCCGCCGCGGCGGCCCAGAAGCCUGAGCAGGAGAAGCGCUCGGAGCACGGAAUCUGGGUGGGUAAUUUGCCUUGGAGCGUUAGUAAGGAGGACUUGAAGUCGUUCUUGAUCAACCAGGGCCCCAUGCCCGAGGAGGCCAUUACGCGUAUUCACAUGCCGUCGCCUGAUGACAAGAAGCCCGCCAACAAAGUCGAGAGCCGCUUCACGCGCACACAGCAUAACAAGGGGUUUGCGUACGUGGAUUUCACGACGGCGGAGCACACGCUUGCUGCUGUUGCGUUGUCGGAGGAGCUGCUAGGGGGAAGGAGGGUGCUGAUUAAGAACAACAAGUCCUUCGAGGGACGUCCGCUGGUGGCUAAGGACGCAGCGGCGAAGAAAGAGACGAAGGCGCCGAGUAAGCGUGUGUUCCUAGGCAAUCUGCGCUUCGAUACUACAGAGGAGAGUCUGAAGGAGCACUUUGAACGCUGUGGACCCAUCGAGACGUGCAUGGUUGCCACCUUCGAAGAUUCCGGGAAAUGCAAAGGAUACGCCUGGAUCACCUUCGCUGAUCUCGAAGCCUCAGCUCGGGCCGUGCGCGGCUUCGUGCUAGAAGAAGAAGACAACUCCGACGCCGACACCGACUCCGAAGAAAGAUCCCUCGACGAAGACCCCGAAGACUACGCCGAGGCCGCCACAAAGUCGAAAAAGGAGAAGCGCAAGGUCCCCAUGAAGCGCGUCUACGUCAACAUGAUCCAGCGCCGGCCCGUGCGCAUCGAGUUUGCGGAGGACGCGCAGGUGAGGUAUAAGAAGCGGUAUGGAGCGGGGGGGACGAAGAAUCCGGUGAAUGCGGAUGGGGAGGUGGAGAAGAAGGAGAAGAAGGAGAAGGUGGUUAGUGGGGUGAUUGUGCCGAGUAAGAAGGCGCAGGGGAUUGAGUAUAGGACGGAGUAUGCGCCGAGGUUGACGGGGGGGAUUGUGGAGAGUAAGGGGACGAAGGUGGCUUUUGAUUGAGGGGGUGUUGAAUUGAUAUGGAUACCCGAUG